AUGCUGCUUAUAAUAAUCACUAUUUCUGUACUUUUCAUCUACACACUUUUGCUUAUUGGCUUUUUUAUGGGAUGGUGCACUCUGAUACCAGCAAUGGUCCAUCCAAGAAAAGAAAUACCUCUGUGUUCAGUGAAAUCACCGCGGAGAAAUACCAAAUACGGUGAUUUCGAAUCGACCAUUUCUAGCUCAGUAUCCAUAGAACAUGUGCAUCGCAUUUUCAAAUUACCAGAGAAGCGAGAGCGAAGUUAUUCAGAAUGUAAUGAUCAACCAUCGCCGCUAAGCGACUACCUUCAUCCUAAAUAUUCUUUGCCUCCUUUGAAUGUUGACAUCGCGGAAGAGCAGAUAAAUUUCAAGCAGUAUUUGCGUACGCCUGCUCACUUGUGCAUCAAAAAGACGUCACUCUCAAGAUUUCUAUCGGAAGACCACUCGUUGCAGUCGAAAUUAGCUGCCCGACCUAAUGAUGUCAUUGUGUAG